AUGCAGCGCCUGCCAUGGUUCAUCUUCGCUUCGAUGUCAGUGUCUGUGAUUUCGGACAGCCAGGGCGGCCUGGGCAGUAGCCCAGUGGCCCUCGAUUUUGGCUCCGACGUCUCUACCGAAUCGUGGCCAGAAGAAGACAUGCUCGCGAAACUCAGCAAGGGACUGGUGGCCGCAGUCUACUGCGGCUUCAUUGCCGUGUCCUUGCGCCUAGUGUUGGUCGGUCUGCCAAAGAGAAUGCCCCGGCAUCCCAGCGUGGAGGAGGACGGCUGUCCACAGAGUUGGGUGGUGUUCAUGGGGGUUGUUUAUGCUUUCAUCUACUUCACCACGGACCAGUACGUGCCGAGCCUUCCGCAGAUGGAGGCGGACCUUCUCGGCUCUGAGAGCAUCAUGAGCGGCACGGUGCAGAUGAACUUGUGCGUCAAGGCGAUCUUUGGCAUGGCCACUGCUGGCCUGUCCGAUCGAAUCGGCCGGAAACCCGUGCUGCUCGUGUGCCUGACUUUGCUUAGUGUGGCAAGCUUCUGUUGCGGCUGUGCCCAGCGGAUUGAGUGGUUCAUCGCUUCGAGGCUGCUGCAGGGCAUGGGAGAAUCCCUGGAGCCUGUGAUCUUUGCCAUGGCCCGAGACUUCUUUGCUAAGCCCUCCGAGCGUUUCGUAGUCGUCGCGGCUCUGCAGAUGAUGGCUUUCGUGGGCAUUGCGUUAGCCCCUCUUGUCGGAGGGCUCGGCGCUCAUUACUUGAGCUGGCGCGCUCCUUUUUUUGGCCUUGCUCUGAUCUGGGGGCUCCUCGCCAGCUAUGCUGGCUUUGCAAUGGUUGAAUGCUGUCCGGACGGAGAGAGCCAAAGCUACCUCAGCGACCUGAAGCGAAUCUUGGACCCACACCUUCUGUGCCUCCUUCUGACAGAAAGUUGCGUCAUGGGCGCGUAUUUCACCUUCAAUGCAAACAGCAGCUACCUGGCGGAGGUGACCUUCGGCGAGUCUGUAAUUAGUUCAUCGGAGAUCAUGCUCGUGUUUGGCGCUCUCUGUGGCGUUGGCGCCUUCUUGAUCGAGAGGCUUCGGCUGGGUAGUGUGCUGCAGGAUGCACGCUUGGCAAUGAGUCUUCUGGGCGCUGCCGGUGCAAUCUCCCUGCUGCUGGGUGUUUUCUUCUCCUCGUCGUUUCUCUGGGGCUACCUCGCAGGGUCCUUCCUCCAGGCAGGCGUUCUAAUGAUGGCCUUGGUGUCUGCCAACGUGCUCUUCUUCGAGCCCUUGGAGGACUGUGCGGGCAUGGCUGCUUCGUGUGAGAUCGUGGCACAGAGUGUGAUCCCAUGCGCGCUUUCUGCCUUUGCAACGCAGCUGAUGAUCUACGACGGUCCUGCCGGGCUCAUCUGCUGCCAGGCGGCGGCAUGCGUAGCUGCAGCCGCCGUCUUCUGGUUGGGCUACGGCAUUUCGCCCCCGGCUUGGACUCGUCGGGCCCCGAGCCGCAAGGACUUCGAUCAGGUUUUGCGAAGGAUGAGCACCUCCGGAGACCUCCUGCUCCAGAUUGAGGCGGAAGAAGGGCUCCAUCAGCGAUUGCUCUCCCGGGAGGCCAGAAGCCAAGGGCUCAUGGCCGACCCGGCUCUAAAAUGCCGGGUCGGAAACCUCGCGGACGGGACCUCCUCCAAAGCGUUGCGGGACCACAUGUGCCAGGCCGGAAAGAUCACCGGCUUCGAGUGUCUCAGUGGAAACGGCACCGGCAGCGUGUCCUUCUCAACGGUAGAGGAGGCAGCCAACGCCAUCACGAUGCUCAACGGGAGCGUGCUGAAUGGCCAGGCCAUCAUGGUGGAUCCUUGGGGGAAAUCCCAGGGUUGA